GAGUACACGUAUUUGGAGAUCGUUUCUUCAUUUCCAUUACCCGCCACGGUAGAUUACCUAGAUUCCCGGUUACACUACACGUGGAGAGUCUGAGGUACCACGGAUCGUUUGCUUCAAGAAUACAGGGCCGUGCCCGCAACCAAGACAAGAAAAUCACAAAGGAUGGCAGACUCCGACUUGGCCAGGCCCUCCCCCAAGACUGCGGCUGCCAGGGACGUGGUUCUUUGGAGGCUCGAUUCUGGAUUCCGGACAAUGGAUCAAAGUGGACAGCCCUGCCCGUCCGUGCCCGCUGCCCAGCUCUUUUUCAAGCCCCCCAGUCAUAGCCGUCCUGGGAGGGGUUUUAAUUCUGGCCGGCGACCACCUGGCCAUUUGUUUCUCGAUGGGUUUGCUCGCGGGAAUAGCAUUUCAGAAGGGGGAAUGACCACAGAGAUCUUCACCGCAGAUCCCGGCAUUUGA